AUGUUCUUUGUCACUUUGACUGUCUUUUGUGUGUGGGUCGACGCGGAGGCGGCGCUCCCCAGAUCGCUCUCCUGCCACGCGCGAGACGGACGGGACCUAUCGGGCCAGGCCGCCUACGUCUGGGGCUUGAACAACAUUGUCGGGUCCGCCGGCGAGUGCUGCGCCCUCUGCGCGGCGCACCAGAAGCACUGCGGCACACAGACGCAUCCGGCGCAAGAGUACGCGCCCGGGAAGAAGUGCGGGCGCGGCCGCGGCCGCUGCAACGCCUGGGUGUUCUGCGCGGGCUCGGAUCGCGCCGGCGCGGAGGACCGCUGCUUUUCGUACGACAUACACAAGCACGUGAAGGGCGAGUGCCAGCUCUUAGGCCGAUGGCGACACCUCUUGUGCUAUUGCGAGUGUUGGCUCAAGUUCGAAGGCAACCUCUCCUCGCCGGUGGCGGCAGGGCCGACUCUUCCCGCGCCCUUCCGAGCCGCCGAGCGGAAGAAGUGGCCGUGGGCGGUCCCGGAGCAGCUGUGGCCCGGGCCGCCGCCCGAGCGGCUGACGUGGCAGAGCGGCAUCGUGGCGGACGCGGCGGCUCCGUCGCGGGCGCCGCGGCAGCCCGGCUGGUACCACAGCUUUUGCAAGCGCGUGGAGGGCGGCUGCGGCCCCGAGCCGCGGGACGACUGA